CAAACACAUGUAUGCGUUUUUCAAAUCAAAUUUCAAGAAGUAGGUACGAAUUUUCAUUUUGAAAAUGGUGUUCGUCGCCAAUGCCAAUAAUUGCAAAAACACACAUGUCAUUCGUCAAGCUUGUUUUUACCUUAACGGACUUGAACCUACGAUUUUAAAAUCUCGAAAAUAUUCAACAUGUCGAAAAAACUCCUUUUAGUUUUCAUUACUGUAUUAUUUUUUGUAAAUACCGAAGCACCUAUUCCCAGUGACGUAUUCGAUGCAUUCAACUAUCUUGAUGCUGUUAGAUCUUCAAUCACAUCUACAGUGUUCGGAGAUGACGAUCUUAUUAAAGAACACCGAAACGGAUUUCAUGAAGGUCCUUCAGAAGAUAAAAAGACGAAUCGUGAUUCUGAUUUUCAUACGCAUGACGAAAUUCGAGAUGACUUCAGUUUCCAAACAGCCAUACUUCGAAUACGCUUGAAAGCUGCUAAACAAUUCAUAGAAAAUAGAACUCGAUUUUUAAAGCACACUGAAGCAAAUAGUUGGGAAAUAAACGGACUCUUGCUAACUUUCAAACGCAAAGAUGUGGAAGGUGCCAAGAGUGACAUUAAAUUAAUCGAAGAAGCGCUUGAAAAUCCCAGUAAAUUCAAAGAUUUAAUAAUAGAUUCCAGUUCAAAUGAGAAAAAAGAUGAAGACAGUCGAGUAGCUUAAAUAUGUGUAUCAAUAGGUAGGUAUAUUAUUGUCUUUAGAUAAAACUUUCGACGAUUCUGUACCGCCACUAUUCUAAAAUAAAC